AAUAAUAAUAACUGAAGGGACUACGCAAGCUGAGAAACAAGACGGGCAAGCAGGAGAGGAAGAUGCCAGACGUCCGCUGUGAGCAGGUACCCGGCGAGGGCAGGAAGGAGGCUGAAAGUGUUGUCACAGGACCAGAACCCAUGCAAGUCCUGGCAGCACCAGCGGAUGCUCCUUGUGGAUGCUCUUGCACAGGACAGCCUCAGCCCACCAACUCCGUACCCAGAAUGUCCUGCACUGAGCCCCCACAGCCUAUCUCAGCGGGUGCCGCCACCACCACAACCAGCAUCGUUGCCUUGAGGCCCAUUGGACGUCUCAGUAUCUCUACGGAGGGUGACCUGGAGUGCUUGGUGUGCCGAGAGCCCUACAACUGUGCCCGGUCCCCCAAGCUGCUGAGCUGUCAGCACACCUUCUGUGCCGUAUGCCUAAAGCUUCUGCUCUAUGUGCAGGAGGACACCUGGUCCAUCCCCUGCCCACUGUGCCGAAAGGUUACUGCGGUCCCUGGAGGCCUCAUCUGCAGCCUGCGAGACCAGGAGGCGAUGGUGGGGCGGCUGGCCUUGCCAUGCCCAGAGGUGCGCCUAUGUCCCCAGGGGCUGGUUGGUUCUGCCACUUCAGCAGCUCGGCCAGCCAGCUGUAUAGAGGAAGAGCAGGACAUUGUGAGUGUCAACCGUGUGGCUGCCCGGCGCCUGGCUGUUCACCUGCUCUUGUUGGCUCUUCUUAUUGUCCUCAUCCUGCCUUUCAUCUACCCAGGCGUCAUCCGGUGGGUGCUGGCUUUUGUCAUCGCCCUGGCGCUGCUGAUGUCCACUCUAUUCUGCUGUUACCCCCAGAGCCAGGGCAGCAACUGGCCUUGCCCCAGGACUCUGUUCUGCAGAAAGCCAAAGCAAACCCAAAUCACUUCUAUCGCCUGA